AUGGAAGCUUCUCAGGAACCGAGAGUUGAUGAACGGGGAGGUUCUGACAGUGAAGAUGACACAUUGGAGGUGGUAAGGAGCAUGAAGGACCUACAGCGCAUGCGCGGAGGUCCACGAAAGGGUCUAGACGCCCGUCUGGCCUUGGAGGAAACGCACCAAGGGAAGGAUGAUGAAGAGACAGAAGACGCCGUGGGCCUCCUUGAAAAGAACUUUGCUACAGGAGGCCCGGGAUCCGUGGCCGAUAAACAUUUGGAAGAAUUUUUGCGCGAGCGCAUGAAAGACAAGCAACACGAGACCCGCGAGGAGCAGGCCCUUAGGGAACACGACAUGAUAGACAAGAUGAGAGAUUUGUAUGCUGUUCCGGAUCACCUUAAGGUUGCAGACAAGACCGAGGAGUACAAGGAUCAGAUGAACUGGGUCACCGGUCUUGUAGAGGUGGAACUUCCCAUGGAAGAAGAGAAUCCAGAUGACCCUGACGUUGUCCGCAAGACGGCGUUUGGUCAGCGAUACACAUGGUACAUUCCCGAUUAUCAGUUUCGCAAGAGGAAUGGCCAACAGGCUCAAAAGGCUCGUGACGGGCACGAGGUUAAGCAGUUUGCCAAACGGACGAAACGCAUGAACGAAGGCAGGGGCAGAGUGGGCGUCGCACCCAUGUGA